UACUGAGACUGCAAUGGCAUGGUGGAAGGCCUGGAGCGAAGCAGAGGGCAAGUCCGUGACAGGUGCUUUAAACUUUGACCCCACACCUGAUGCUCAGACUCUGUACAAGGCCAUGAAAGGGCUUGGGACUGAUGAACAAGCUAUAAUUGAUGUCUUAACCAAGAGGAGCAAUAUGCAGCGUCAACAGAUUGCCAAAUCCUUCAAAGGACAGUUUGGAAAGGAUCUGAUUGAAAGCCUGAGGUCUGAACUGAGUGGCGACUUUGAGAGGCUCAUUGUAGCUCUCAUGUACUCCCCAUUCAAGUAUGAUGCCAAGGAGCUCCAUGAUGCCAUGAAGGGUGCAGGAACAAGUGAAGGUGUUAUCAUAGAGAUCCUGGCAUCCCGGACAAAAGCUCAGAUCAAAGAGAUAAUCAAGGCGUACAAAGAAGAAUACGGUUCUGAUCUGGAAGAAGACAUAAAAUCGGAAACAAGUGGCUAUUUUGAACAGAUUCUGGUUUGCCUUCUUCAGGGUGAGAGGGACAAUGCCACUCUCUACGUGGACACAGCACUGGCUCUCCAGGAUGCAGAGACUCUUUAUGCUGCUGGGGAGAAGAUACGGGGCACUGACGAGAUACAGUUCAUCACCAUCUUGUGCACAAGGAGUGCCACACACUUGCUGAAAGUGUUUGAAGAAUACCAGAAACUGGCCGGUAAGAGCAUAGAAGACUCUAUCAAGAGUGAAACUCAUGGUUCACUUGAGGAUGCCAUGCUGGCUAUUGUGAAAUGCACCAGGAACGUCCAUUGCUACUUUGCAGAGAGGCUGUACCAUGCUUUAAAGGGGGCUGGCACCGAUGAUGAGACUCUUAUAAGGGUGAUCGUUUCUCGAAGUGAAGUUGACUUGAAUCUUAUAAAGGCUGAAUUCAAGCAUAUUGCAGGAAAGUCUCUCUCCAGUAUGAUUCUGGAUGACACCAGUGGCGAUUACAAGACAGCCUUGCUAAAUCUCUGUGGCAGUGACUGACAAAAUCUAGGAGGAAGAUGCUGAAAUGG